AUUAAUAAUUAUGAUCUUAAUAUUAAUUUUGGUUCAUAUAUUGGUAUUAAUAUUAAUGAUACAAUUAAUAUUAAUAAUAUUACAAAUUAUACAAUAUCAACAAUUGAAAAAAGUAUACGAAAUGAUAAUAUCGCAAAUAUUAUUAAUAAUGCUGAAAAUACAAUUACCGGUGGUAGUACAACAACAACAACAAGUGGAAGUGGUGGAAGUAAUAGUGGAAGUAGUACAACCGGUAGUACAACCGGUAUGGGAAAUUUACAAAUAUCAUUAUAUGCGAUAAUAUUUAUGUUGGCAAUUGUUGGAAAUUUAUUAGUUAUUUUAACAUUAGUUCAAAAUCGUCGUAUGAGAACAAUUACAAAUUUAUUUUUAUUAAAUUUAGCUAUUUCUGAUAUAUUAUUGGGAGUUUUAUGUAUGCCACCUACAUUAGUUGGUGCAUUAUUACGUGAUUUUAUAUUUGGUAGAUUUAUGUGUAAAGUUUUACCAUAUUUACAAGCAUGUUCGGUUUCUGUAUCAGCUUGGACUUUAGUUGCAAUAUCAUGUGAACGUUACUAUGCAAUAUGUCAUCCUUUACGUUCAAGGACAUGGCAAACAUUAAAGCAUGCAUAUAAACUUAUUGCAUUAAUAUGGAUUGGAAGUUUAUUUUUAUUAUCACCAAUCGCUUAUUUAAGUAAAUUGAUACCAACUGCAAAAGGUGGCCAUAAAUGCCGUGAAGAAUGGCCAACAUCAUGGAAACAACCAUAUGAGAAAAUUUUUAAUAUUUAUUUGGACAUAAUAUUAUUAAUAAUACCAGUUUUAGUAUUAACAUUAACAUACUCUUUAAUAUCAAGGACAUUAUGGCAUGGUAUGAGAGCUGAAAAAGCACCGAAAGGAACACAAUCGACGGACAAUUUAAUGGAAGUUUUCAUAAAUAAAAAUGGUUCACCAAGUAAUCGAAGUUUUGUUUCAUAUCGUACAGCAUCGAAGGAUAAUUUAAAUUUAGUUGGAAAUUUACAUCAAUUUAAUGGCAACAAUAGUUUUAUGCAAAAUCCAAUGAUAAUCAAAGAAUUUUCAUAUUCAACGAGACGCAAACAUGGUUUAAGGAGGACAAACAUCGAAAAGAGUUUACAAAAUAAAAAACGUGUGAUAAAAAUGUUAUUUAUGGUAGUAUUAGAAUUUUUUUUAUGUUGGACACCAUUAUAUGUUAUAAAUACAAUUGCAUUAUUUAGUCCUGAUCUAAUAUAUUCAUCAAUUGGUUAUGCUGGUAUAUCAUUUUUUCAAUUAUUAGCAUAUUCAUCAUCAUGUUGUAAUCCAAUAACAUAUUGUUUUAUGAAUCGCGGUUUUCGGAAAGCAUUUCUUAAUUUAUUUCGGUGUUUCAAGAGAUUUCGCUCGCCAAAAAGAAAAAUCAGUAUUGGAGGAGGUGGAACUCAAGAGACUGACCUCGAAAUAAGCCGUUUACAAUGCCAACGUUUAUGUACAGAUUCAACAAUAUCAUAUUGACAGGGUGAUAGUAUAUUAUAGAAUAUAUAUUUAAAUGAUAUAUAUUUAUGAUAUUUAUUCAUUCAAUAUUAAUUACAUAUACACAUACUUAAAUUAUUAAAAAAAUUAAUAAAAUUAUUCUAUAAAAUAUUAUGUAAAAUAAUUGAAAAUUUAUUAAAUAGAUUUUAGAAUUCCAUAUAUAUAUUAU